CUUUAUAUUAUUAUUAUUAUUAAUACAAACAUGUGUUCAAUGUUUACAAUGUUUUGUCAAACGUUUUUCUGACCAUUUUGUAUGUCCGCUACCGAUGUCCACACCGUUUAUCAUUACCAGUACUAAACUGUGUCCACUCCAGUGUUGACUUGUAUUCUCCACCCGAUUAUGACUGACGACGACGUCAAGUGUGCAAAGUGUCGACACAUACUGUUCGCCGAUAGCCUACUGGUCACGAGUCACGGCGUUGUUGUUGCCGAUGAUAUGAACAACUCGGGUGGUGGUGGUGGCCAUCAUAAUAAUCAGUGUAGCGAUUAUCGGUCAAACACUGUCUGCUAUGUUACCGAACACUCGAUGAACGACUGGAUGCGCCAACAGAUCGAUUCGGGCGACUGGACUAAAGGCCGACUUCAGUGUCCGAACCACAAGUGUUCGGCCCGUAUCGGUUCCUAUGAUUUUAUUACCGGCCAAAAGUGUCGCUGCGGUCGACACGCUCUACCAAACAUUCAGUUUAGCCGAUCGCGUAUCGACCGGCCAUUGCCGUUAAACAAUAUCAAUAACAGUAGUGGACAGUUGGCCGCCGCCGCCACCACCGCUGCUGCAGUAGUUGUAACGUCGGCACCGCCGCAGCCCCCGACGGGUCUAUGAGUGGCCGACGACUACACACUAUAUCGUUGUAUAUGACGUUACUGUAAAAUACUGUGAAAAAAAUAUAUAAUGAAUAAACAAAUUAAUAAUAAUUAUAAUAAUA